AUCACAACCUUCACUUCCCCACAAACAAAAAGCAAUGUCUUCUUUUCUUUUCCCUCAAACACAAUCCACAGUCCUCUCAGACCCUUCAACCUAUUUCUCCUCAAACCUCCUUUCAUCUCCACUCCCCACAAACUCUUUCUUCCAAAACUUCGUUAUUCCAAACGGGUCCCAAGCUGAGUACAUUCACCCUUACCUCAUCAAAACCUCAAACUCUUCACUAUCAGCUUCAUACCCUCUUCUGAUCCUCUUCACCACUGCAGUGUUGUACCAGACUUUUGUGGCAGAUAUCACCAUCUCUUCAACUCAAACAACCUCACAAAACCAUGUAAUCUCAUCAUACAGUGACCUUGGUGUCACUUUGGACAUUCCCUCCUCCAACCUAAGGUUCUUUCUCUCAAGGGGAAGCCCUUUUCUAACCGUUUCUGUGACAUCUCCAACAUCUCUUUCCAUCACAACAGUGCAUACCAUAGUCUCUUUGUCUUCCAAUGAUGACAACAACACCAAAUACACCCUUAAGCUUAACAACACUCAAACAUGGCUCAUAUACACUUCCUCACCAAUCUAUUUCACCCAUAAUAAUGCUUCAGAGGUUACAUCCAAGCCAUUUUCUGGCAUCAUUCGUGUGGCAGUGUUGCCUAACCACAACUACGUAACAAUUCUUGACAAGUUCAGCACUUGUUACCCUUUGUCGGGUAAUGCAACACUCGUAGAGCCUUUCCGUGUGGUGUAUGAAUGGCAAAAGGAAGGUUCUGGGGACUUGCUCAUGCUAGCUCACCCUCUUCAUGUUAAGCUUCUAUCAAAUAAUUAUAAUGGUCUAGUUACUGUGCUGAACGAUUUUAAGUAUAGAAGCAUUGAUGGUGAUCUUGUUGGUGUUGUUGGAGACUCAUGGGUGUUGGAAACCAAUCCUAUUCCUGUGACAUGGUAUUCCAACAAAGGUAUGGAAAAAGAUUCUUAUGAUGAGAUUGUCUCGGCACUUGUUAAGGAUGUGCAAGAGCUGAAUUCUUCAUCAAUAGGAACAAGUUCAUCUUAUUUUUAUGGAAAGCGUGUUGGAAGGGCUGCAAGGUUGGCGUUGAUAGCGGAAGAAGUUUCUUUUUCUAACGUGGUUCCCACGAUUAAGAAGUUUCUUAAGGAGUCUAUUGAGCCUUGGUUGGAUGGAACUUUACAAGGGAAUGGAUUUCUAUACGAAAAUAAAUGGGGUGGACUUGUCACCAAACUGGGGUCAACGGAUUCAACAGCUGAUUUUGGGUUUGGAGUGUACAAUGAUCACCAUUAUCAUUUGGGAUACUUCCUUUAUGGAAUUGCGGUCCUUGCAAAGAUUGAUCCUGAGUGGGGACAAAAAUACAAUCCACAAGUUUAUUCACUUGUCACAGAUUUUAUGAACUUGGGCCAAAAAUAUAACUCUCGUUAUCCACGUCUAAGGUGUUUUGACCUUUACAACUUACACUCUUGGGCUUCAGGAGUGACUGAAUUCGCAGAUGGAAGGAAUCAAGAAAGUACAAGUGAGGCUGUGAAUGCGUACUAUUCAGCGGCAUUGGUAGGUUUAGCAUAUGGUGACUCAAAUCUUGUUGCCAUUGGAUCAACACUACUGGCUUUGGAAAUUCUUGCUGCACAAACUUGGUGGCACGUGAAAGCAGAAGGCAACUUGUACGAAGAAGAAUUUGCAAAAGAGAACAAAAUAGUGGGUGUUCUGUGGGCUAACAAGAGAGAUAGUGCCCUAUGGUGGGGCCCUGCUACGUGUAGAGAGUGUAGGCUUGGAAUUCAAGUGCUACCAUUGUCUCCUGUUACUGAGACUUUGUUCUCUGAUGCUGAUUAUGUGAAGGAGCUUGUGGAAUGGACAAUGCCCUCUUUGACUAGUGAAGGGUGGAAGGGAAUGACCUAUGCCUUGCAAGGAAUUUAUGAUAAGGAAACAGCAUUGGAAAAUAUUAGAAAGUUGAAAGGUUUUGAUGAUGGGAACUCGUUGAGUAAUCUCUUGUGGUGGAUUCACAGCAGAUGAGGAGUGUUGCACACAAGUUUCUGGACUAGAUAAAUUGAGCCGAAUCCAAAAAAUGUAUGAUGUUUCAAUUUGACUAAUUAUCAAUGCUGUAAUUUGCAGUCAUUUACGAAAUUCUGUAUCUCAUAUAUCAGUUAUGUGAAAUGUGUUUUGGGGAUUUUUUAAGAAUUUAAUAAAAUUUGUGGUUUACCAUAA